UUCCCCACGGUUGGUGGCGAGGAUGGCCGGCUUCGCGGAGCUUGGACUGUCAUCGUGGCUGGUGGAGCAAUGUCGGCAGCUAGAUUUGAAGCAACCCACGCCCGUGCAGCAAGGCUGCAUUCCCGCCAUCCUGGAGGGUCGGGACUGCUUGGGCUGUGCCAAGACGGGCAGUGGCAAGACGGCGGCAUUCGUGCUGCCCAUCCUGCAGAAGCUGUCUGAGGAUCCCUACGGCAUCUUUUGCCUCGUCCUGACUCCCACCAGGUGA